AUGCCGCCUGCCGAACCCCUCUCCGAUACGCAGAUCCCUAGUCCGCCACCAGAUCUCUCCGCUAAGCUCCCUAAACUCAUCCCUCGCCGCAAGCAAGACAAGUCGACCGAACCUCCGUUAAAUCCACCACCACCGACUCCCGCUCUCCCUGCCCCGCCGAAAAAGGAAGUCAUUCAUUUUCAGCAUCCUAUACGCCGCAUUCUCUCCAAGAAAGAUCAUGAUCUGUUCCUGAACUCUCCCACAUACGACCUGGUCACGGCCUUUGUAUUUGGCCUCUCAGACUCAGUCCGCCAAACCACCGUCACUUCUGUCCAGAAGGCCCAAAGAGAUCCUGUCGUCAGCACAAUUGUAGACAUACUAGAAGAAGCAGAGAAGACAGUAAGAGAGUGCCCUGCUGAGGAUGCUGGAGGCUCCCGCUUCGGCAACAAGGCCUUCAUCACAUAUCUUGACAAGAUCGAGACGUUGCUCAAGUCAUGGCACGACAAGCUCGGCGUGACAGAUGCCGCUGCUCGGGACGAAGUUUCGACAUACAUCUUCCAUUCGUUCGGCAACAAGACGAGAAUCGACUACGGCUCCGGUCACGAACUCAACUUCCUCAUUUGGCUCCUCUGUCUGAACCGCCUAGACCUUCUCCCUCAAUCCACCUUCCCACAAAUCGCCCUCACAGUCUUCCCUAGCUACCUACGUGUCAUGCGUGUUGUCCAGUCAACAUACUACCUCGAGCCUGCUGGCUCACACGGUGUCUGGGGUCUCGACGAUUACCAAUUCGCUCCCUUCCUGUUCGGCAGCGCCCAACUCAUUCACCAUCCUCACAUUCGCCCCAUGUCGAUCCACAAACCACUCAUCCUCGAAGAAUGCUCCAAAGACUAUCUCUACCUCGAACAAGUCGCCUACGUCAACAGCGUCAAGAAUGUUGACGGCUUGCGUUGGCAUUCGCCCAUGCUCGACGACAUCAGCAGCGCAAAGAACUGGGAAAAAGUAGAAGCUGGCAUGAAGAAAAUGUUUGUCGCCGAAGUCUUGGGCAAGUUGCCAGUCAUGCAGCACUUCUUGUUUGGUGGCCUUGUGCCAGCAGUGGAUGGCAUGAGCACAGAAGACGAGACAGAUGUCGCUGGAGAAAUGGAAGAGACAGAAGGUGGACAAGGUCAAGUUGCUCCUGAGGGUGGCAUGAAACACGUUCACGAUCACAGCGGCAAGACUUGGGAUGACUGCUGUGGUAUCAAGGUUCCCUCUGCCAUUGGUGCCAUGCAAGAGAUGAAGAAACGACAAGGCGGUGAAUCUUUGAGAAGAUUGCCUUUCGAUUAG